AUGCCCAUCGAAUUGAAGAAGGGGAGUGAAGAGAAACUACCAAAGAUCAACAAAAGGUUCUUUGCUGGAAAGAAACCGGCCAACGAAAGGGCUAUUACCAAGACAUUUAUAGAGUUCGUUGGCACAGAUAAUUUCCCUGAAAUACAAAUAGUCGAUACUUCAGCCCACCCGGAUCCAAACUCCAAAAGUGGCGCGAAGCUUCGACCCGACCUAUCUGUCCGUGAUAAACAGGACGUCAUCGACCCCAACUCACCUACGCAACUCGACAAUCCCCUCUGCGGCGGGGAGGUUAAGGACACUCUCGUGGAGAUGUUCAGCGACGUGGGUCCCCUUUUCGAGCUCGAAACGUUUACAGCACAGCAAGCUCGCGGCCAGUUAGCAACUUACGCAGUGGAAUUUUGCGCUCGUCAACACCGAACCCACUUAUUCUUCCUCUACAUAUACUAUCCCUGUGCCCGAUUGAUCCGCUUCGAUAGAGCGGGAGCCCUCGUUUCGGCACGGUUUAAUUUCACCCACGAUUGCACUCCUCUUAUUCGGUUCUUUUCGAGGUUCUCGAAGAUGACCUCAGUUCAAAGGGGGUAUGACCCUACCGUCCAAACCGCAGACGAACUUGAGACGAAACUCGGUCUCGAACGUCUUAAGGAAUGGGCGCCAGAUCCAAAGUACGAACGCCCCGUGUUCAAGAUGGAGGUUUACGAAGAUCAAAAGCAAGCUGGCGGCGACAAUGGCGCCAAGAAGCCGAACCCCCGCAAGUUUCUCGUUUGGGGAGCCCUCGCCGAUCCGGAAUCACCACUCGGCCGAGCGACGCGCGGAUAUCCAGCACUGGAAGUUACCGACGGAUUGGAGAAGGCGAAGGACGCUCCGAUCAUGUUCCUAAAGGAGCAAUGGCGUUCGAAAGCUAUAGAACGAGGUGAAAUGGCCAUACUUCGGGAGCUCAACAAACAUGGAAUCAAACACGUCCCGACAAUCGUCUGCGGAGGCGAUCUUCCGGGCCAAGUCACACAAACGGACGUCUUUGCCAAUGAGAUCGGUAGAACAGGAGGCAAGCCUAUUGAUCAACGGGCCCACGUUCGCUUCGUAGUACAGGAAGUGGGUCGGCCGCUCGAGUGCUUCUCUUCAUCAAAUGAGAUGUUCCAAGCCAUCCAUGAUGCAUUCCAAGGUCACAAGCAGGCGUUCGAAGUGUGUGGAAUACUGCAUCGCGACGUCAGCGGUGGAAAUAUCUUGAUCCUCCCCAAAGGAGGAGGCCUGCUUAACGACUGGGAUAUGGCUGUGAAGGUCGAGGAAGUUGAGCGUGGCCCUAGAGCCUAUGAACGGACGGGUACUUGGGCUUUCAUGUCCAUUGAUCUCCUUGAUGGCGCAAGGCGUGCCCACAAACCUCCUCUACCUCCCCCACAAUAA